UUUCCUUUUUGGUGGGUGUGUUAAGUCUUUAUGAAGUUCGGCAUACAUUGAGAGAUCUACGGUCAAUAUUCUUCUUGUCCCUGUUGUUGUUGUUCAGAAACUAAUUAAUUAAGAUGGCGGGUGGAGGCUUUGUUGCUAAGGGCGGCCGGGAUGACAACAAUGGCGGCAUCACCGCCUUUGUCAUCAUCACUUGUAUUGUUGCUGCCAUGGGUGGCCUCAUCUUUGGUUACGACAUUGGAAUUUCAGGAGGCGUGACUUCAAUGGAACAAUUCUUGAGAAAGUUUUUCCCAUCGGUAUACACAAAAAUGAACGACGACAAGGGACUGGAAAAUGAAUAUUGCAAGUUCGACAGCGAGCUAUUAACGUUGUUCACCUCCUCCCUCUACAUUGCCGCUUUGGUAGCCUCUUUCUGCGCCUCUUCCGUCACCAGAAUCUUUGGCCGGAAAAUGUCCAUGUGCUUCGGAGGCCUUGUUUUCUUAGCCGGUUCAAUCCUCAAUGCGGCCGCCGUCAACAUCGCGAUGCUUAUCAUCGGUCGUUUAUUGCUCGGUGUUGGUGUCGGAUUCGCUAAUCAGUCGGUUCCGGUGUAUCUAUCGGAGAUGGCGCCGGCGAAGCUUAGAGGAGCACUGAACAUUGGGUUCCAAAUGGCGAUUACAAUAGGGAUUUUAGCUGCCAAUCUCAUCAACUACGGCACGUCCCAUAUCAAGGCAGGGUGGGGAUGGAGACUAUCUCUAGGUCUCGCCGCCGUCCCUGCAAUAAUGAUGACCGUAGGAUCUUUCUUCCUGCCGGAUACUCCCAACUCCAUCCUCGAGAGAGGCAACUCCGACAAGGCAAAGCAAAUGCUCAGAAAAAUUCGCGGCACCGACAACAUCGACGACGAGUUCCAAGACCUUGUCGACGCGACGGAGGCUGCGAAGAAAGUGGCGCACCCAUGGAAGAACAUCCUGCAGCCGAGAUACAGGCCUCAGCUCGUCAUCUGCAUACUGGUGCCCUUCUUCCAGCAGCUCACCGGCAUCAACGUCAUCAUGUUUUAUGCUCCCGUUCUCUUCAAAACCAUUGGUUUUGGUGAUGAUGCUGCGCUCAUGUCUGCCGUUAUAACCGGCGUUGUUAAUGUCGUUUGCACGGUUGUUUCCAUCUUCACCGUCGACAAGUUUGGGCGAAGGAUUUUGUUCCUCGAAGGCGGCAUCCAAAUGUUUCUGUGCCAGAUUGCAAUUGGAAUUUUGAUAGGUGUGAAAUUCGGGGUGAAUGGGCAAGGAUCAAUAUCAGGAGCCGAAGCAGAUGUAACGUUGUUCUUAAUCUGCAUGUAUGUAGCGUCAUUUGCAUGGUCUUGGGGGCCAUUGGGUUGGCUCGUACCCAGUGAGAUCUGCCCACUGGAAAUCCGAUCGGCCGGCCAAGCCAUUAACGUCGCCGUCAACAUGUUUUUCACCUUUAUCAUCGCUCAAGUUUUCCUCACCAUGCUGUGCCACUUGAAGUUCGGUCUCUUCUUUUUCUUCGCCGGCUUUGUUGUCAUCAUGACUACUUUCGUCUUCUUCUUCUUGCCGGAGACAAAGAACGUCCCCAUUGAAGAGAUUAACAGAGUUUGGAAGGCCCACUGGUUCUGGGGGAAGUAUAUUCCCGAUGACGCUAUCAUUGCCCACACCGACGACGUUUAAUUAGUUGAUCAUCCACAGCCGGCCGUUGAUAAUAUUUUUUGAGUUGAUUAAAGAUUGAAAUAUUAUUGCCCUAUACAUCUCUCAUCAAUGUUUUUCUUUCAUGAUUUAAGACACCCACAAAGAUAAUUUUACUUUUGAUUAAUAAAAUCCCAUAACUCAUGAUAGCUAGGCUCCAUUGGUUUCACAUUA